AUGAGCUCAUCUGAUAUUAAAGAAACUGCCCAACAAGCUAUCGACGGACCCAAGCAAUUCUUUAAAGAAGGUGUUCAAUUUAUCAACCGUUGUAAAAAGCCUGAUCAACAAGAAUUCUUAAAGAUCACUCAAGCUGUUGCUAUGGGUUUUGCUGCUCUUGGUGCUUUAGGCUACUUGGUUAAGCUCAUCCACAUUCCCAUCAAUAACAUCCUUGUCGGUGGUGCCUAA